AUGCUACAUCAUUGUUCCCAGCUGAUGCAGAUGUUCGACAACAAACCAAAUCCAACCACCCGCUCGUGCUUCACCAAGCCCCCUUUCAACAAGAGACUAGCCAACCGCUCGUGCUUCACCAAGCCCCCUUUCAACAAGAGACUAGCCAACCGCUCGUGCUUCACCAAGCCCCCUUUCAACAAGAGACUAGCCAACCGCUCGUGCUUCACCAAGCCCCCUUUCAACAAGAGACUAGCCAACCGCUCGUGCUUCACCAAGCCCCCUUUCAACAAGAGACUAGCCAACCGCUCGUGCUUCACCAAGCCCCCUUUCAACAAGAGACUAGCCAACCGCUCGUGCUUCACCAAGCCCCCUUUCAACAAGAGACUAGUCAACCGCUCGUGCUUCACCAAGCCCCCUUUCAACAAGAGAUGA